AUGGCAGAUCAACUCACAGAUGAUCAGAUCUCUGAAUUCAAGGAAGCCUUCAGCUUGUUUGAUAAAGAUGGCGAUGGUUCCAUCACAACAAAGGAGCUUGGAACUGUGAUGAGGUCAUUAGGCCAAAAUCCAACAGAGGCAGAGCUACAAGACAUGAUAAACGAGGUCGAUGCGGACGGUAACGGAACGAUCGAUUUCCCUGAGUUUCUAAACCUUAUGGCGAGGAAAAUGAAAGACACGGAUUCGGAGGAGGAGCUGAAAGAAGCAUUCAGAGUAUUCGAUAAGGAUCAGAACGGAUUCAUUUCUGCUGCAGAACUUCGUCAUGUGAUGACGAAUCUGGGCGAGAAGCUAACUGAUGAAGAAGUGGAUGAGAUGAUUCGAGAGGCUGAUGUUGAUGGUGAUGGCCAAAUUAAUUAUGAUGAAUUUGUUAAGGUUAUGAUGGCCAAGUGA